GGCCAAUGCGCGGAGCCAGCUCCCGGCGGAAGCGCGGUCGUGGAGCAGAGGCAGGAGCCAAGCGGCGGGCGAUUGGAGACCGCUGGGGACGAACAGGAUGGGCAGCAGCUCGCUGUCCGAGGACUACCGCCUGUGCCUGGAGCGCGAGCUUUGGCGCGGCCGCGCGGGUGUGUGCGGGGACCCGUCGUUGCGCGCCGUGCUUUGGCAGAUCCUGGUGGAAGACUUCGACCUGCAUGGGGCGCUGCAAAACGACGCUCUGGCGCUGCUCACUGACGGCCUGUGGGGCCGCGCUGACCUGGCCCCAGCCCUGCGCGGCCUGGCCCGCGCCUUUGAGCUGCUGGAGCUGGCCGCCGUGCACCUGUACCUGCUGCCCUGGAGGAAGGAGUUCACUACCAUCAAGACCUUCUCGGGGGGCUAUGUGCACGUGCUGAAGGGCGCACUCUCGGAGGACCUCCUCAUCCAGAGCUUCCAGAAGAUGGGCUACGUGCGCAGGGACAACCACCUCCUCAUGGUGGCCGCCCCACCUCCUGCCUGCCAGCUGGUGCAAGUAGCCCUGGGUUGCUUCGCCCUGCGGCUGGAAUGCGAGAUCCUGGGCGAGGUGCUGGAGCGGCUGGGCACCAGCGUGCUGCCGGCUGAUGAGCUGCUGCAGGCACGGCGGGCCAGCGCGGACGUGGCCUCCUGCGUGGCCUGGCUGCAGCAGCGGCUGGCCCGGGAAGAGGAGCCGUCGCCCCUACCCCCACGGGGCUCCCCGGCACUGUACCGGCCCCAGCUGGACCUGUACCGGGACCUGCAAGAGGACGAGGGCUCGGAGGAGGCCAGCCUGUACAGUGGGCCCUCGUCAGGCCCAGACUCGCCCCCCUCAGAGCUGGCCUACCAGCCUCCACUUUGGGAGCAGAGCGCCAAACUGUGGGGUGCGGGGGGCAGGGUCUGGGAGCCGCCAGCAGAGGCUGAGGUGCCACAGCAGGCCAGCAGCCCAUCCUACAGGGCCUUGGAAGAGGAGCUGGAACCGGAGCCCUCGGCCUUUUCCUUUCUCUUGCUGCGCCGAGAGCUGCUGAGUCGGCCCAGGGACCCCGCUGCUCCCAAAGCCCCCGGGAGCCCCAGACGGGCCAGCCCCCAGCAUGAGCAUGGGCCCAUCCCCGAGACCCCCGGCUACCAGGCGCAUAACUGCCUGGCCUCUGGCGUCCUGCCCAUCCUCUGCUGUGACACGUGUCGCCAACUGCACGCUGCCCACUGUGCCGCCCUGCCCGCCUGCCGUCAGGGCCACGUGCGGCACAUCCUGCUCAGCGACACCCAGCGGCACCUCUGGCUGCAGCGAGCACAGGUGGACACCCUGCUCUACGAUAGCCCCGGGGCCCGGCCUUAGGCCCUGCCACGCCCUGGGUCAAGGGCUUUCUGGAGAGUUACUGUGGUGCUUCUCUGGGCCUUGUCCCUCCUCAGGCCUGGGCCACUGGCCACCUGCCCCUCCUACCCCACGAGGAGCCCAGCGCACA